AUGGCUGAUAUUGCACUAAUGCCAUUCAUCCAAAGACAAUACGUUGCCGUUCAACGUCAUCGAGGUUUUUCCGUACCAAAGGAUGGUGAAAUCUGGCAACAAUGGCAUCGCUGGGUAGAAGCUGUUAAUGCACUGGAAAGCGUGCAGAACACGACGAGCGAUGCGGAACAUUAUGUUCCAAUUAUGCACCGAUAUUUGAAUAAAACUGCAACAAGCGAUAUGGCGAAAGCAACACGGCAGGGUGAGGGACACAAUAUUGCAUGA